UUCAAUAUCAAUAUAUAUCGCGAUAUAAAUUUUUUCAACAACGGUGAUAUGAUUUUUAAACACAUUUCCGAUAUUUCGAUAUACAUUAAAACAUUUGUCACUGACUGACGUUCAGGGCGCAGGAGUCAGUUCGUUGUAUUCAAGCCGAGGAGAAUGAGCAGAACACAAUUAGCUACAUGCGUGAUGACGUAAACCACAGGCACGCAGCCAGUGCUCGGCAGUGUUAGGCUAAGCUCCAACACGGCAAGUUUUAACUAUAAAAUUAGUACCCCUGACCGCAAUACAAAUGUGACUGAGCGAGCUUCCACAAGUGAAGACAAAGCAGACGAAAUAGUCGAUAAGAGAGGAAAGACUAAUUCAGUGGUAUGGAAGUGGUUUGGCUAUCUAAGCUCUGAUAAACUUCAGGUUUCAGUGCGCUGCAAAAUGUUCCGGAGAGUGGUGCCAACUAGCAGCGGGAACACAUCAAAUCUGUUCCACCAUCUGAAGCAGUUCCACCCGAUAGAAUAUUCUGAGAGUCAGAAGAUGAGGCAUCAUAAAGGUUUAAGCCAACCUGUCUCUGAAAUAUCACCGCGACCCACAUCCCCAUUACCAGCUGUGUCAAAAGAGAAACCGAUGCAGCAAACGCAGAUCGCUGCAUUCAUGCCUCAUGACAUUACUAAGGCUGUCACAAACUUUUUGGCUAAGGACAUGAUGCUGUUUAGUACGGUAGAAAAUGUGGGCUUCAGGAAAAUGAUGUCCGUCAUCGACCGCAGAUACGAGCUCACUGGCCGGAAAUAUUUUUCCCGCCGAGCUAUACCUACACUUUACGGUGAAGUUAGGGAAAGGGUGCAGGAGCAACUGAAGUCAGGGUCAUAUUUUGCAACCACAGCUGACCUGUGGUCAAGCCUGGUUUACUUUCCCGAGGAUCACACGGGCGAAGCAAUUGCAGCCGGACCUACGGACGCGCUCGCCUCCUGGGGACUCAGCGAGGAGCGCCAGGUCUGCAUCACCACAGAUAGCGGGACCAAUAUCAUCAAAGCCGCUGAGUUGAACAGAUGGAGAAGGCUACAAUGCUUCGGGUACCGACUGAACUCCGCUAUUGAGAAAGUUCACCAAGACAAGCGAGUGGACAGAGCAGUUGGGGUCUGUAAAAAGGUGGUGGCUGCCUUCUCCUAUUCCUGGAAGAAGAAAUGGGACCUUGCAGCUGCUCAGGAGGAGUAUCACUUGCCACAGCACAAGCUCAUCAGUGAAACCCCAACAAGAUGGGGCUCCCGUCAACAAAUGGUGAGGCGGGUUCUAGAGCAGAAACGGGCCAUCACAGAGGUCCUCUCAAAAGACAAGAAGACCAGGUCGCUGGUUCCUACUUGGCAAGAUGUGGACGUUUUAGAGUCUAUAGAUGCAGCUCUAAGCCCGCUCCUUGAAUUCACCAAUGCCUUGUCCGGUGAGUCCCAUGUCAGUGUGUCAUUCCUAAAACCAGUGAUGCAUCUCUUCAACACCUCCAUCUUAAAGGAAGCAGAGGAUGACACAGACCUCACCAGGACCAUAAAGACAACAGUGAUGGGAUACCUGAAUGAAAAGUAUGAUGACCCAGCCUCAGAUGAUCUACUUGACAUGGCAUGCCUCGUUGACCCAAGAUUCAACUUCAGUACACUCAGGAGGAGAAGAGAGAAUACAUCAAAGAGAAAGCUGUGUUGGAGAUGCUGAAGGGAGAGAGAGCUGUUCUGGUAAGGGAAGAGGAGUCCAGAGAAGACGUCAUGGGAGAUGCUUCUGCAGCAGUGACACCAGCCAAGAAAACAAAGUGGUCUCUGGCUAGCUUUUUUUCAAACAGGUCCACCAGUACCAACACAGAAGGCUUGAGUGUACAGCAGGCAGUAGAGAGGAAGCUCAGCAACUACCUUCUGUCUCCAGAUGCUGACAAUGACUCAAAAUCUCUGGAUUGGUGGAAAGUCUCUCAUAAGAACUUCCCCAGAGUAAGCCAACUGGCAAAACAUUACUAGUGUAUUCAAGCCACAAGCACCCCCUCUGAGAGGGUUUUUAGUACAGGUGGCAAUAUUGUCACAUGUAAAAGUGCAUCUUUGAAGCCAGAUAAUGUAGACCAGCUUGUAUUUCUUGCCAGAAACCUCUAGAGCCUGUCAUAGGGUGUCAUCAACCCCCAACAAUGUCCCUGCCCCAGCAACACGUGUAGUUGUUAUUGCUCACACUUUCUGUUUUCUUCAGCAUCUCUCAUUUUUCAUAUUUUUUUUAUCCUGGCUGAAGCACUUUAAUUUCAGUCUAUAAGAAUAAAAUAAACAGCCUAUGUUGUAGUUUAAAGUGAAAGAUAUCAAUAUUGACAAAGGUGAGAGUUUUAUGUUUAUUUGACGGUGAUUUCACAUUUCUUGUUUGUAUGAAGGUUAAAUUCAAAUAAAAGGUGAACGUUCAUUUAUUUGUGCCAUUUUUAUUUCUAAAUAAUUAUAUAGUUUUAUAGGAGGAGAAGAUUACAGAAGUUUGAAGGUACAGACAUCUGUUGUGGGCGUCCUUGGCAGUUUUUCUGAGGAUUUAUAUUGUUCAUAUCGUAUCGACUGAAAUUAAGAAAUAUAUCGUGAUAUACAUUUUGG